CCACCACCUGCUUUUUGCAGUUUUGUUGAAAUUUUCUCUGAUUUUUAUCAAAUUUUGCCCAUUUUGGUGAUGGCACAUUUUCUUUUGAAGUGCGUGCGUAAUUAAGUGAAGGAGGGAUCCGUCAGCAGGAAGUGUGCAUCGCUCGAAGCCAGUCAGAACGUUGGCGGCUUUCAUCUGCCACCAGGAAAUCAAACGAUAACAACCGCUGUCAGCUGAUAGGGAAAUACACGCAAUAAUUAAGAGUUGUGGCAGCAGAAGGAUCGGAUCAUAGCUGAUUCAUAUGAAAGAAUCGAUUUACAUUUUGUGGAAAUUGGCCUGAUUUGAAAAGGAUGAAAGCAGACAGUGAACUCUGAGUCACGUCUUGGAUAAUUAUUGCCACGAGUCCUCCUGAUAUGCGACGAAAACGUGACCGUAAGAUAACGAACGCAAGAAACGAUGCCGAACAACAUGAUCUUUAUCUAUAACGGCUGAGGUUUAGAAUUCUCGAAUAUUACUUGUGGAUUUGGAAAUAAGAUGGCAGCACCGAAUGGGAAGACUUCAUGGCUGCGGACGUUUGGUUGUAAACGGUGGUUGUGGUCGUCGUGCAUGACACGGUUAAUCGUGGCGUUAUUCUUCGUCCUGAUACUCGUGCCGCUUGUUACCCAUUAUUAUUUGGGAAAUAUUGGCUCUGACAACGUUAGUGUAUCGCAUCGCUCGAGGAUAAAACUCGACCACGUGGAGGACCCUCAGAUGAUGAAAGUGUCCGACUUGAUAUAUCGUAUCGAGGAAUUGAAACGGAUACGCGGGAGCGUCAAUAACGAGUUGCGAGAAUUGGAGUCGAAACGGCAGAAGUUGCAUGCGGAAUUAUCAACGUAUAACAUGCAGUUGGACAGUCUGCGGAACGAUUAUGAAAAAUCGCAGAAGAGUUUGUCCAAGUUGAAAUUGACGUUGGAGAAUACGAAAGUGAUUCAGUUGGAGAUGGCGCGGAAGUUGAUGCCAGACGUGGCAGCGCCUAUGAAGAUAUUGCCCAGCGAUCAAGACAGCAUGACGCUACCGAUGCCGAAUUUGUCUUUCGGUUGCAAAAUGUACAACUGCUUCGAUUACUCUCGGUGUUCAGUGACGUCCGGUUUUCCGGUCUUUUUUUAUAAUCCGGAAGACUACCCGCUUUUGAAAUCGGAAAUUGAAGAUUUCGUGAAAAAUUCUGUGAUGCAUGCGCUGAAUUCGUCGCCACAUGUGACUUAUGAUGCUCACAUUGCAUGCCUUUAUGUUGUGAUUCUUGGCGACACGAUCGGUGUGCGGACUACGCCGGAAUAUUUAGAACAAAAAUUGCGGAGUUUGCCUUAUUGGCGAGGUGACGGCAGAAACCAUGUGAUCUUGAAUCUCAGCAACCGCUAUGACGGAACGGAUAUCUUUGAGCACGUCAAUACAGGCAGGGCAAUGAUUGCGCAAUCGGUAUUUUCAAGUUCAAGAUAUCGUGAUAAGUUUGAUUUAGUGGUGCCGCCGUUAUUAGGAAUUGCUCAUGGAACGGUGUGGGAGGAGCUACCACUCCUUCUGCCAAUCAGACGAAAGUAUUUAUUCUCAUUCAACGGAAGUUUCCGCCAUCUUGGUCGGACGGGGAGUUUACAAGGUGGUGACCUUGAAAAGUCAAGGUUAAGGUUUAUACCGUAUAGCAAGAGUAGGACUAGCGGUGGGCUAAUACCAGGGGUUAUCACAGAUGAAAAUUUCAUCGUGGACUAUUUGAAGAAGAUUCCGAUCUCUCAUCCUCAGGACGGGGUGCUGUUUCAUUUUGAUUGCAAUACAAACUCGGAAGUCGUGCCGUCAUUGAACGCCGAAUGGGCGCUGUGCGGGCCAGAGUCGGAGAGGUACGACCUUCUCAAACAAUCUACGUUCAAUCUCAUCCUCGCCCCAGUGAACAACUCCGUAAUCUCAACAUUGACGUUUCAAACACGAUUAUUCGAAGCGUUGAAAUUUGGCUCAAUUCCUGUGAUACUUGGCCAGCAGGUGGCGCUACCAUACGAGGAAAUAAUCCGCUGGGAUAAAGCGACAAUAACGUUCCCGAAAGCCCGCGUCACCGAAUUACAUUUCCUCAUGCGGACGUACACGGAGAACGACAUCUUUGCGAUGCGUCAACAAGGCCGCAUGAUUUGGCAGACGUACAUGGGCACGACUAAAAGUAUUGUGGAUACUAUCCUCGCCAUCGUGAGGACGCGCCUGCAGAUCCCGCCUCUGCCGUUGCAAAACGAACCUGCUCCCAGCGUUUUCAACGCCUCCUUUGUGCCUUUGAAAGUGGAGCCGUCAGAUAUUGAACCUGAGACGGACGAUAUCUUGGGACCUUUAGAGCCGCCAUUAGCAUCCGAAGCAUUCCGUCGCAACUUCACGUCGAGGUUUGAUUGGUUUAACAAGCCUGGCGAUCCAUUCCAUCUCUUCCCCUACACGCCGUUUGAACACACGCUCCCCUCAGAGGCCAAGUUUCAAGGUUCUGAGCACGGUUUCCGGCCCAUUAACAAAGGUCUCGGUGGGGCCGGGAAAGAGUUUAAUGAGGCGUUGGGUGGGAACGUACCGAGGGAACAAUUCACACUUGUGAUGCUGACCUACGAGCGUGAGGCUGUCCUCAUCAACGCGCUGCAGCGAUUGAAAGGCCUACCCCACCUCAAUAAGGUCAUCGUCGUUUGGAAUAGUCCCGGGCUACCUGCGGAGGAUCUACAGUGGCCUGAUAUAGGGGUUGAGAUUCAUGUUGUGCGGACCAAGAAAAAUAGUCUGAAUAAUCGUUUCUUGCCAUACGAAGUCAUCGAAACGGAGGCUAUCUUGUCUGUCGAUGAUGAUGCUCAUUUGAGGCAUGACGAGAUUAUGUUUGGAUUCAGGGUGUGGCGUGAGGCCCGCGAUCGUCUCGUCGGAUUCCCUGGUCGCUAUCAUGCAUAUGACAUCAAAUCAAAUAGCUGGUUCUAUAAUUCUAAUUACUCAUGUGAACUUUCCAUGGUGCUCACCGGUGCUGCCUUCUUUCAUAAGUACUAUGCAUACCUGUACAGUUAUAUCAUGCCACAGGCGAUCAGGGAUAAGGUGGAUGAAUACAUGAACUGUGAAGAUCUUGCCAUGAAUUUCCUCAUCUCCCAUAUCACAAGGAAACCGCCAAUUAAGGUGACCUCUCGCUGGACAUUCCGUUGCCCCGGCUGCCCCAAAGCUCUCUCGUUCGAUGACUCGCACUUCCAGGAGCGCCACAAGUGUAUGAACUUCUUCGUGAAAGUCUACGGCUACAUGCCGUUACUUUACACGCAGUUUCGAGUCGACUCGAUCCUCUUCAAGACGCGCAUUCCACACGACAAACAAAAGUGCUUCAAGUUCAUUUAGGGGCCCUCUGAAAGCAAAAGUGCUUCAAGUUUAUUCAUGCGCCCCUGUCCAAGCAUAAGUGCUUCAAGUUUAUUUAGGCACCCUCUCUGCAAAGAAAAGUGCUUCAAGUUUAUUAGGUACCCUCUGCAAGCAAAAGUGCUUCAAGUUUAUUCAUGCGCCCCUGUGCAAGCAAAAGUGCUUCAAGUUUAUUAAGGCACCCUCUCUGCAAAGAAAAGUGCUUCAAGUUUAUUUAGGCACCCUCUCUGCAAAGAAAAGUGCUUCAAGUUUAUUUAGGCGCUUUCUAUACUGUAGACCCAGACAUUUUACGCGACUCAUGAAUCUGCAAUUGGAAAAGGAAUAGUGAGGAAAGUUCUCAACUUCAAUAAACUUGAAGACCGGAUGUACUCGGUUGGCAUUUCAGUCAUCUCUGGCAUAGGACGAGUAUUCUCGGUAGAGCAGUACCCUUUCAACACAGAUAAUCUCUGGAAAAUGAUCUUUUUGGAAACGACUGUGGUGCGAGCUGAAAUCAUAUCCGAGUACUAAUUGUUAGAAUCAUCCACUGAGAUCAGUGGUUCUGAUUUUACAUGAUAGAUUGCAGUUGGAACAUGUUUGGGCAGACGAUAGAAAAAGUGGCUGGAUGAUCUGUGGAAAGAUAACAAUGAUAAAAAUGACACUCCAUUGGAUGUGUAUUGGUUGUUUUGAAGUAAGUUGACUGAUAGCAACUCAUGAAUCUGACUAAUUUUUUUUUUAUAGAUUUUUUUUCUGACGUCCUGGUACCCUGGUGGUGUCAGUAGUGAUAUUUUACAAAAAAAUCAAAACUUUGCAGUUAUGGUGCAUGUAAGAAAUUUGAUAAAUAAGGUGAUUUUAUUUCAUUUCUUUGUUUACAUACAAUCAAAAAUGCUAAUGCUAAUGCUAAUGGAUGCUAAUGCAGUGACGGCCUUCUCUUGGUAAAAUUCAUUGAUGAGAAGGGAAAUAAGCUUUACGGUAAUUGAUUACUGGUAGUGCGAAAGAAUUAUAGUAUGUAGGGGAGGAAUCAGUUUCAUCUUGCUAGCAUGCUGUGGUAGUAAUGAGGCCCUGUGGCACUUUGCGUUGAAAUUCUUAAAAUAUUAUGUGCACAAAAUCAAAUACAGGUAUUAUGUGCACAAAGUAUGAUAGGAAUGACUGUCGAAAUGUAGAUGAAAAUGCAACUGAAAGUUGUUUCCAAAUUGGAAACUAAAUAGAUGUUGAAGAUUUUAGAACAAGCGGUGACAUUACAAAAUGCCGUUUUGUGCAUCAUUUUGUACUGGUAUAUCGAAUAGAGUCUGUACACUGACGUCAUUCGAGCAUCCAUUUUUGACGUCGGUCAAUGGCCUUGACCCUGCUGACCUUGCCAGCGAAGUGCGUCUCGUUUGGAUGACAUCAUUUUUGAUGUCGCCACACUUCACAACAGCCAUUAUUAGGCAGACUACAAAGUACGCCACGUGGCUCAAUGACGUCGACUUGAUGUCCAAAAUGAUGACUAUCUGUGAUGACGUCAUUCGCACAGCCUCUCAAUUUAAGUGUUCGAUGAUGAAUAAGUACUCUCACACAAAUGUAAAUAUGGUGUAUUUUUACUGCCAAUAUUUUUCUAUCGUGGAUGCGUUAUGUAAAAGUUGCGUUUAGUGGCCGCUGCACGAAAUAAGGAAAAGCAAAGAUUUUUCUUUAUACAUAGUCACGACCCAUAUAAGUGACAUCAUUGUUUUUGCUUUCACAGCCUAUAACCGUAACAGUAUCCACUUUUAAAAGAUUUAAAUGGGGUAUAAAAUUAUAUGUCGAUUUCUGGUCAGUGCCACGGUGGGCCGGGUCAGGUCAUUUGGGUAAUAUAUCGCACCUUCAAAUGAAAUUGACAAGUUGACACAGUCAUCCAGUGAAGGGAUUUCUGCCUGAUCAUGAAUAAAGAAAAAAUCUAGGCCUUUUCUGCUUACCGGAGUGGCCUCUGAAUUGAACUUUUACAGUAUUUGUGAGUUAAACAAUUUUGUAACUGGACAUUGUGCCAGAUACAUGUAUCUUUUUUGUGCAAUGGUUAGAUUAUGAAUACAUGUAUCUCAAUGACAAAGAUAAUGCUAGGUUUUCAAUGUAUGUAUACUACUAUUUUUUUUGCUAUGCUGCUUAAGUCAUGUUUGAUUUCACAGCCGCUAACCGUAUACUCACGGUUUUUCAAAUUCAAAUUUCCCGCACCGUCACAUGAUGCGUUCAUCUUUAAUACGCUUGUGGAGACUCGAGCAACAUAUGACAAUACUCUGACGAUCUUUUCAAGCGAUUAUAGUUUGAUUAGUAGAUAUCAGAUGGCGCUAGUUGGUUUCUUUAGUUAGGGAUGGAUAAUUAACGGAGUGAGUGAAA